UCAGGCAUCGGAGGAAAAGCGCCGGACACGCAGAAUUCUUCUCGUCCAGUGAGAAAAACAGAAAUAUUCUUCUUUUUUUUUCAAGUGUAAUUUGAAAUAAUUAAGAAAUUGAGAAAGAAAUGGCCUCCUCAGCUGCCUGAAAGCGAGAGGUAGUAAAGAUAAUAAAACCCUGGGAGGACGACGCGUCUGACAAGGAGAUACUGGGACACUGAGAGAAACGAAGAAACAAAGAAGGCCAAGGAGGAGGAACGGGACACACCGGCAAUCACCUGCACAACCAGCUGCUGCCGGGACAACGAGGAAACGAGGCAACGAGGACACCAGCCACCCAGGACACGAACGCAAAAAGGAUUGCAGGAUGCGUGGCCGUCAUUUGCGUCGCCGCUUCAGCCUGCAGCCCUCAUUCAUGAAGGAUGACAAUGCCGAAGAUAAGCCCAAGCGCGACAAAGUGGGCAGGAACAAUGCUGUCGACGAUGCCAUCGGACCCGCCAAUGCACGCCACAAAAUCGUUGUCAUGGGCUCGGCCAAGGUGGGCAAGACAUCAAUAAUCACACAGUUUCUGUACAACACAUUCAGCACCAAGUACAAGCGGACCAUCGAGGAGAUGCAUCAGGGCAACUUUUCCAUUGCCGGCGUUAGUCUAACCCUCGACAUCCUGGACACCGCCGGCUCCUACGAGUUUCCGGCGAUGCGAGCUCUCUCAAUAUCCUCAGCGGAUGCGUUUAUCCUGGUUUACGAUGUCACCGAUGCCAGCACAUUCGAGGAGGUGCGCACGAUCCGCGACCAGAUCCACGAGACGAAGGCCACCACGGCGGUGCCCAUUGUGGUUGUGGGAAACAAGAUAGACCUCCUGGCUGAUGGUGAAAUGGAGCGUGAGGUUGAGUAUGCCACCACCGAGUCGGUGGUCACGGUGGACUGGGAAAACGGCUUCGUUGAGGCUUCCGCUGCCAGCAACGAGAACAUCACUCAGGUGUUCAAGGAGCUGCUGGCCCAGGCAAAGAUAACAUACAAUCUGAGUCCGGCGCUGCGCCGUCGCCGGCAGUCGUUGCCGCAGCAGAUCGGUAACAAUGGGCCUGGCACACCGCUGCACCACCAUCACCACCAUCAUCAUCAGCACCAGACGCAGCAGCACCAUCACAAUGCCGGUGGCGGAUCAGCGUCCACUUCUGCAGCGGCGGCUGCAGCGGCGUCCGGUUCCGGUUCCGGCAGCGGCGGCCACGGAUCCCAUGCCCCCACACCCGCCCAACUGCAGCACCUGCAGCGCAUCCAGGAGCGGAGUCUAGGCGCCAAGCGCAAUUCCUGCAGCAUCUCCUAAGGAUCGGGCUAGAAGGGUCGCACUGAAGCUAAACUAAAUGGUCUCCUACAAAUGGUUCUCACUACUUUUUCAAUAACGUAAACAAAACUCCACAAAAAUGUGUAAGGAAUAGACUGGGUCGAGUGUGAGGAGUGGCAACCAAUCUGUUUGGGUAGGAUUUACCAAAAGGCAAUCAGAAAAUGUAAUUCCCUAUUUAUUUGGUUAUUUCAAUGGCCACAUCUUGUGUUCAUGGUUAUUAGAACUUCGAAGCCCGCGGAUCGGUUUCCACUCCAACGACUUCUAACCGAAUUGGCCCACACUUUCGCAGAGCAAUCUCGACUCAAAUGUACCUCUCUCUCUCUAUUGUUAGUGCCGCUCCAAUAACUUUAGUACCUAUCUCAAGCGCCUGGUUUCUCAAAACUCAGCAGUUGGCUCAACAUUCUAGAUAAAUGUGACCUACAUAUGUGUGAAGGAAUAGUAAAUCUUUGAAAAAGCUUAGAUAAAUCAUAAACGAGAAAGAAUGAUUUCUUUGGCAAGCCGAAGAUUUUAUACCCUUGCAGGUUGAUCGAAUAUAUAAAAUAUAAUAUCAGCUACCUUCUAAAGAUUUCUCUAGAUUCUAAAAUAAAUUUACCAAUGGAAUAGUCAUCCCUCUUAGCAGUCAGUCCAAUAAUCUUCCCACUGUCCCUAUGACAGCUUUAUUAUAUAGCCUUAUGCUUCGACUCGGUCUCACUUAUAUUAAAUAUUGUAAACUUUAUCCAAAUAGCUCUAAAAACUAAAGGUUUUCUCUAUGAAAUAAGGCUGCACUGCAAGGGUAUACAAACGCAAUAAGCUACUACCCAGCAAACAAAAACAUUGGUUUAUGAUAUUGAAAACGAAUGUUUGGCGGACAAAAUGUCCAGAUAAUGCUAUAAUUUUUUAGAAUCUAAAUAAGCUUUCUAUUGCGGACCUUUUACGACAUCAUUGUCGGGUAUAAUCCUGAGAAUUUGCGCUAUACUUUUCCGCUAUUCGCCCGUUUCCCCGUCCGUUUUUAAGCAUCUAGCGAAACCAAUGCGGAAAGUCCGAUUCUUUGUCCGUUUUUAAUAUUUUUAGCGGACAUUUUUCGUAUCCAUUCGCACUAACUCCGCUCUUUGUGUCUGCUGGGUAUGCAUACUUACAAAUACGUACAUAGAUUGGAGUUUAGAAACACCCUAUUCGACAGUCUUUCUCGUGUACCCUGAUCGUUGUGUGUGUGUCUAGUCAGUUUCCUUCCGCAAAAAAUAUUGAUAAUUGUGUAAUAAGCAUUUAUGACCGCCCCGUGUGUACCUAUAUACCUACAUAUAGUCAGUCACCGAAGACAUAUUUUUGUAGACACUAGGUCGGUAGAACAGGACUUUUUCAGCUGGGAAACAGGAACAGAUGAAACCAAAAGCAAAUGCAUAGUUAAGAGCUAAAUGCAAGAGACGUAUUGAGUGUACUUUUUAGUCGUAUGUAUUUUUGUUUAUCGUUUACCGUUAGCUAGUAGUGUUGGUUAGUUGUGCGGCGGCCAGGGGGAAAACGAAUCAAAGGGUUAAGAUUGAAAACGCAAUGAAAACACCAAGAAUAAGACGAAGUAUAAACAAAAGCAAAUGCAACAGAAUAUUGAAUAUUGAAUAUAGAUUGAUAGAAGAAAUAUACAUAUAUGAAAGUGUUACGGUAUGCCAGAUUAUAGUCGUUUUUAAGAAGAAUAGUUCAGAUCCAGAACGAUCCUGAAUAACGGGCCAAACUGUAACGCAGCUAUUAUUACUAACAAGACAUCGGACAUCACACAUAGUUCUUAAAUGUGGAAAAAACAAAUCCAGAAGAAAAUCUCUACAAAUAAUAUAUACAAUAAAGUGUUAUAUAUAUAUAUAUAUAUGUAUGUAUACCAUUAAAGUUAUAUGUAUGGCUACAAUAAAUACUUCUGAUACUAAUAUACUGGAUUACUAUUCGAAUGCUAGCAAAUAAUCUAGGCAAACCCCAAUCGUACAUUGGAUAUUGGACACUGCAAGCGUUGCCAGCG